GUCCCGGUGGUGGGGAUGGAAAGAAGAUGGACGUCUUGGCAGAAUGUCGCAAACGAGCGAUCUCACGCUCAUGGCAUAUUCAGAAACUAGUAGUCUCGCGAAAACGAAGACCUCUUUCGUGUUUCCCGGUAUAUUUGACAACCCCCUUUUUCCUGUAUCCUCGGUUCUGCCCCUAACUACCAAAUUACCGGGACGAAGAAAGAAAGCAGACACUCCAGAAUGGCAACCGCAGGUCUUCAGCAGCUUCAAGCUGCAGGUACGGUUUUGAUCGCCGACACGGCUGACUUCGAAAGUAUGCGCAUUCUCCCCAGUUGGGGGCUCCGGAUGAUUAGUCGCUAAUGUGUAUAUCGGAAACAGAAAUCGCCCGCUUCAACGCCUCCGAGGGAACGACGAAUCCAAGCCUCCUAUAUGCCGCUGCCCAAAGCCCCUCGUACGCGAACCUGAUCGCCGACACCGUCUCGUACGCAAAGGCCCUCCCGGCGUCCGUCUCAGCAGCCGAGCGCCUCUCCGCAGCGGUCGAUUUCCUCGCCGUCCAGUUCGGUACGCAGAUCCACAAGCUGACGGGCAAGGUGAGUACCGAGGUCGAUGUCGCUCUCUCGUUCGACACGCCCGCCACUGUCGCCUCGGCGCUGCGCAUCAUCGACCUGUACCAGCGGCAGGGCGUGCCAAAGGAGCAGGUCCGGAUUAAGAUCAGCGCCACUUGGGAGGGCGUCCAGGCCGCUCGAAUUCUGCAAAUGGAACACGGUAUCAGCUGCCUGGUGACGGUGGUUUUCGGCUUGGCCCAGGCCAUAGUUGCUGCGGAGGCCGGUGCCGACGCCGUCGCGCCGUACGUCGGCCGCAUUGCCGACUGGGGCAAACUGCACGGUGCCGAGGGAGACCUGGGCGUCGAUACAGUGUCCAAGAUCCAGAACUACCUGAGGAAGUACGGUUUCCAGACCAAGGUCAUGGCUGCCAGCUUCAGGAACGUGGACCAGGUUCGAAAUUUGGCUGGCAUCGAUCUGCUCACCGCAGCGCCUGCCAUUCUCGAGGCCGUCGAGAAGGAGACGGAGCCCAUUGUCCCCAAGAUGUCUAUGUCUAUAGCCCAGGCUGCGGACUUGCCAAAAGUCUCCUACAUCAACAGCGAAUCGUCGUUCCGGUGGGCUUUCAACAGCGAUGCAUGUGCGGUGGAGAAGUCGGCGGAGGCUAUGAGGAAGUUUGGAGAGGACACGGAUAGAUUGAAGGCGCUUCUCGCGACCAGACUUUGAGCAGCCAUUCAGAUUUUCAUGUGUUAUUACUUCCUUCGUCGUACCUAUUUAAAUUACCUAGAUAAAGAUAGAUGACUGAAAUUCCAG